AUGGUGUAUUGGGCAAAUCAUCUCUUUGGAAAGCAGAACACAUUUCCAGUAGCAGAGGGUGUUCCUGUCAGGCUGGUGGGUGGGAACAGCUGCUGCUCUGGGAGAGUUGAGGUUCUUCAUGAUGGCCAGUGGGGGACAGUGUGUGAUGAUUCCUGGGACAUGAACGAUGCCCAGGUUGUGUGCAGAGAGCUGGGCUGUGGCUCCGCUGUGUUGGCUCCAGGAAGUGCUCACUUUGGCCAAGGGAAUGGAACAAUCUGGUUGGAUGAUAUGGCAUGCAAUGGAUCAGAGACCUCACUGCACAGCUGUGGAUCACAAGGAUGGGGUAAAAAUAACUGUAACCACGGUGAAGAUGCUGGAGUGGUUUGCUCAGCAUUGCAGAGUGUUCCUGUCAGGCUGGUGGGUGGGAGCAGCUGCUGCUCUGGGAGAGUUGAGGUUCUUCAUGAUGGCCAGUGGGGGACAGUGUGUGAUGAUUCCUGGGACAUGAACGACGCCCAGGUUGUGUGCAGAGAGCUGGGCUGUGGCUCCGCUGUGUUGGCACAAGGAAGUGCUCACUUUGGCCAAGGGAAUGGAACAAUCUGGCUGGAUGAUGUGGCAUGCAACGGAUCAGAGACCUCACUGCACAGCUGUGGAUCACAAGGAUGGGGUAAAAAUAACUGUAACCACGGUGAAGAUGCUGGAGUGGUUUGCUCAGGGGAGGGUGUUCCUGUCAGGCUGGUGGGUGGGAACAGCUGCUGCUCUGGGAGAGUUGAGGUUCUUCAUGAUGGCCAGUGGGGGACAGUGUGUGAUGAUUCCUGGGACACGAACGACGCCCAGGUUGUGUGCAGAGAGCUGGGCUGUGGCUCCGCUGUGUUGGCACCAGGAAGUGCUCACUUUGGCCAAGGGAAAGGAACAAUCUGGCUGGAUGAUAUGGCAUGCAAUGGAUCAGAGACCUCACUGCACAGCUGUGGAUCACAAGGAUGGGGUAAACAUAACUGUAACCACGGUGAAGAUGCUGGAGUGGUUUGCUCAGCAAUGCAGAAUGUUUCUGUCAGGCUGGUGGGUGGGAACAGCUGCUGCUCUGGGAGAGUUGAGGUUCUUCAUGAUGGCCAGUGGGGGACAGUGUGUGAUGAUUCCUGGGACAUGAACGACACCCAGGUUGUGUGCAGAGAGCUGGGCUGUGGCUCCGCUGUGUUGGCUCCAGGAGGUGCUCACUUUAGCCAAGGGAAUGGAACAAUCUGGCUGGAUGAUAUGGCAUGCAAUGGAUCAGAGACCUCACUGCACAGCUGUGGAUCACAAGGAUGGGAGGAAUAA